CAAAGCGACGACUUCCGGUUUCUCUCAGGACAUGUUUCAUUGUACGAUGUACAUUGUUGAAAUGAGCUCGACUGUUGCUCGGUAGUUCGCAGCGCGUCAGAUCUGCAGUUUCCGCGCGGACACGUUCGGUUCUGCGCGCGGGACCGAGUUCGGCUAAAGUCGCGCGAUCGUUAGCGAAGCGUCGCGGAGAUUCUCCGUUCGUUCAUCUCCUCAGAGCGCGUCGAGUUCGGCUUUAAGCUGCGGUUGAAGUCGCCUGCGCGCCGCUCCCGCCUGUUAGUGCCCGGUAUGAACGGGUUCAGCACGGAAGAGGACAGCCACGACGGCCCGCCCGCCCCGCCGUUCUUCGGGCAGAGCUGCUGUCUGAUCGAGGACGGAGAGCGCUGCGGCCGCGCGGCUGGAAACGCCUCCUUCAGCAAGCGCAUCCAGAAGAGCAUCUCCCAGAGGAAACUCAAGCUGGACAUCGACAAGAGUGUUCGGCAUUUGUACAUCUGUGACUUCCACAAGAACUUCAUCCAGAGCGUCCGAAACAAACGCAAGAGGAAGACCAGCGACGACGGCGGAGAGUCACCUGAUCAUGACGUCGAAGUCCCAGAGGUGGAUCUGUUCCAGCUGCAGGUCAACACACUGAGACGCUACAAGAGGCACUACAAAAUCCAGACCAGACCUGGACUCAACAAAGCCCAGCUAGCAGAGACUGUGAGCCGUCACUUCCGGAAUAUUCCAGUCAAUGAAAAGGAAACGCUCACAUACUUUAUUUAUAUGGUGAAGAGCAGUAAAAGCCGGCUGGACCAGAAAUCAGAGGGGAGCAAACAAGUGGAAUAAGUCCCUCGCUCGCAGCGGCCCGACACACGCGUCUCAACUCGGCCAAACGUCAUUAUUUAUGACCUGCAGAUGUUAGCUGGCUUUAAAAUUCCUGUUUGAAUGCUUACUGUGCAGACGUUGUGUGUUUGUACAUAUGUCCAACAUCAGGUGACAUGUGGGAGUCACUGCAAUCGAGUGCGGAGGAUGAUGGGUAACGACUUCAACUUCUGUGCCAAACCCCAAAAUACCACCAAUAAACCACCGCCGGUUGAGUGACGACACAUCUGAUGUUCAAAUAUCACAGUGAGGACCUGAAUGAAACCAUGAUAGACACUGAAUGACUGCAGAUCUGAGCUCUGUGUCCAAUGUUUUGUGGUGUUCACACUCAUACUAAUGCAGAAAACUCCCAGAACAGCCGGAGCGUUUCCUUCGUUUUUUGUUUCUUUGUUUGUUUUCAAUUCAUUUCUUCUGCUUUCACCUCCAUGUCUCUGCUUUUAUAUGACUGCUCUAUAUAGCAUUUUUUGUAGAUUGUAAUGUUAGUUUUCUUCCUUUCUUUGUUUGAAAUAAUCAGAGUAAAUACAUUUCUUGUGGCACUACUAAUAUUUUCAUUUAUUAUUUUUAAAUGCAUUCCACCUGUGGCGUCUCACCUGAUCAUUAGACUGAGGUAAAGCUGAUAUCACAUGACGUGUGUGUAUACACACAUGUGCACAUACAUACAUACAUGCAUACAUACAGCAUGUCCCAUACAGAGGUAAGUUGUAAGUCUAAUCAUUGGGGAAUAUGUAAGUGAUUCCCAUUUCAAAUAAAGAUAUGAACAUAAA